CAUGUAUGAAUAGGGAACCGGGGCGGACUGACAACUCAUGGGGCCCCCGGGCAAUAGGGGAUCAUGGGGCCCCUGUGUCCUUGUCCACACUCAAAACACACCCAAAAAAGCCUAUAAAAGGUACCAGAGGCAUUUCAUGGGGCCCCCUACUGACCCCGGGCCCUCGGGCAGUGCCCGAGUGGCCCAAUGAGUUGUCAGUCCGCCCCUGGCUGAAGGUUUUUUUACCUUCAUGCAUUCUAUGCAUGAAAAUAAAAAAAACCUUCUGUGUGCUUCUCCCCCCCACAGCCCCCCCAAUACUCGCUCACCUGAGCCCCCUUCUCAAUCCAGCAAUGUGCACUAGAGCCCCU